UUUAAAUUUAUUUCGAGAAAAAGACUUAUUUUUUUUUUGUCAAUUAUCACCAAUUCAAUUCUCCAUCUCCUUCCUUCCUCCCUCUGCAUCGCCGAUCAAACCUUCUUCUUCUUCUUUACCAGCGCGACUGCAGAGGAGAGAGAAAAAAACAAGGGUUUCAAAUUCCACCAUUAAUGGCGAUUCUUUACGCUCUAGUAGCUCGAGGAUCGGUUGUUUUGGCGGAAUUUGUGGGAACAUCGACGAAUGCUAGCUCAAUUGCGAAGCAGAUUCUCGAUAAGAUUCCCGGUGAUAAUGAUACUCACGUUUCUUAUUCUCAAGAUCGGUAUAUUUUCCAUGUCAAACGCACCGAUGGUCUUACUGUUCUUUGUAUGGCUGAGGAUAAUGCCGGACGAAGAAUCCCAUUUGCAUUUCUUGAAGAUAUACAUCAAAGGUUUGUAAAGACCUAUGGCCGCGCUAUACAUACUUCACCUGCAUAUGCGAUGAAUGAUGAGUUUUCAAGGGUGUUGAGCCAACAAAUGGACUAUUACUCAAAUGACCCAAACGCCGACAGACUAAACAGAUUGAAAGGUGAAAUGUCUCAGGUGCGUACUGUGAUGAUUGAGAAUAUAGAUAAAGUUUUGGAUAGGGGGGAGCGCCUGGACCUGCUUGUUGAUAAAUCUGCCACAUUGCAAGGCAAUACUCUUCGCUUCAGAAAGCAAAGUCGUCGCUUAAGAAGCUCUGUCUGGUGGAGAAAUUGCAGGCUCAUGUUUACUUUGAUUAUCGUUCUCUUGAUCAUCUCAUACAUUGUGGUUGCCUUUGUUUGUCAUGGACCUUUGCUACCCUCCUGCUUUUAAGUAUGUGGCCGAGGCAUAGUGCUUUUCAUAUUCUUCUCAGUAGAUAUAUUGCUCGACAGAUUAAUGCUGAUUGGGCCAUUGUCUACAAUUUUCUGGUGGUGAUGAUCGAUUUCUUCUGAAGCUCGAUUUUUUAAGAUGGAAAUGCUCAACAAGGCAUAUAACUAAUUGUUGUGAAAUUGUUAGUGCUUUAUUUGUGUAUAUGCAAAGGUUUCCUCCUAUAUUCUUCUCAUUUUUUGGUUUUAAUCUCUUGGCUCUGCAAUUCGUUUUUAAUUUCUCGGAUGGACUAUUGGUGGUGUGGUGUUAUGUUUCUUUCCGGGGAUUAAUUGUGAACAUUGUAUAGUUCUGAGUAGUAUGACAAUUCGUUAUACUCUUGUUCAAUAUAUGUGCGUUGAAAGGUA